AUGGUUUUUAAUUUAACAUAUGAUGAUGAUGUUACUAUUGGUCAAAUUAAUGAAGAUAAUAAUAAUAUUUAUAUUGGAUUAAGUUAUGUUAUAAUAACAUUAAUUUUUAUGUUUAUUCAAAUAAUGACUUUUGUUGCAUUUUAUAGAAAUCGAAAUAGUUUAAUGGUUAAUAUGCCAUACAUAAUAAUGAGUAAUUUAGGAUUUGUAGAUUUUAUUCAACAAAUUUGUCAUUUUAUCUCAGGAUUCUAUGUUAUAUUUUAUUAUUUUCCAACAAAUAUUUUAAGUUAUGGAAUAGCUUCAAUACUUCAAUGUUCAUAUAUGACUUCUGUUUCUUUUAUAUUACUACUUUCAAUAAAUCGUUUGGAUGUAUUUUUUGACUUUAAAAUAAUACCUGUUUUUAAUAAAAAAAAAACAUUUAUUAUUGGUAUAUGUAUUUGUUAUACAUGGGGUAUUGCAUUACUUAUUUUUUAUAUGUUUCCAUCUAACAGACUUGAAUUUGUUCCAAUAAACUAUAGCUGGAAUUAUGUUGGUAAUAUAACUCUUGGUUUUCAACUUGAAAAUAAAUCAGUUUUAAUAAUGUUAAUAAUUUCAUUUAUAUGUUAUCUUUGUAUUAUUGGUAAAAUUAUAUAUAUGAGAGGAUUAACUUCAGCACGUCUAGUGAUAACAUUAUCAGAUAUGAAAAUUUUAUUUCAAGCAAUGUUAAAUUUUUGUUCAAUAACACUUCUUGAAAUUUGUUGGGCUAAUAUUAGUGGUAUUAUAACUAAUGCCGGAAUGUCAUUAAUGGCAAUUAGUUAUUUGUUUAUUUUUAUAAGUGGAGGUAAUACUAUAUUGAAUGUACUUUUUAUAAAAGAAGUUAGAAGAGAGAUUACUAAUUUUUGGACCUGUUAUACUAAAAAAGAUAAAAAUAUUAAAGUUCGAAGAAUGGUUCUUGAAAAAAAAAAUAACAAUACUGGUUUGAAGGCAAAAAUAUUGACAGACUAA